AUGCCGAAAUCAAGAACACGAGUUGUUCUUGAUGGGGUGGUGCAAAAUGAGGAGGGUGACCUCACCAACUAUAUGUUGGGGGUAUGUACUAUUGCUGCCAUGGGCGGUCUCCUAUUCGGUUAUGAUUCAGGAGGGGUGGCUUCAAGGUCAUUCUACCUGAAGAACUUUGUUCCAGACUUGACCAUGAAAGGCACAACCAUUCAAGGCCACAUAUACUGCAGACCCGGAAACCAGUACUUGGAUUUGUUCACUUCUUCUGUCUACAUAGCGGCAUCGGUAGCUUCCUUGCUUGCUUCAUCAGUAACCAGGUACUGUGGCCGAAACGUUUCCAUGAGCUUGGCUGGAUUCAUCUACUUCUUCGGCAUUUGCAUAACCGCAGGUGGAAUCAACUUCAUAAUGCUUGUUAUAGGUCGAAUGUUUGUCGGUGUAGGGAUUGGAUUUGCCAUUCAAUCUGUUCUAAUAUAUCUAUCAGAAAUUGCUCCAUCAAAUGUUAGAGGAGCUAUGAACCAAUGUUUCCAACUGAAUGUUACAAUCGGAAUAUUACUAGCGAAUUAUGCGAACUAUUGGACUGCUGAUAUAAAGAACUAUUGGACUGUUGAUACAAAGAGUGGAUCGGGAUGGAGAGUGUCCUUGGGUAUUUCAGCUAUCCCAGCACUAUUGCUUGGUGUCGGGUCUCUCUUCCUACCUAACUCUCCAUGUUCUAUGCUUGAAAGAGGCCAAGCUGGCAAUGCCAAAGAGUUGUUAGAAAAACUACGCGGCGAAAGCAAUAAUGUGGAUCAGGAGUUUCAGGACAUAGUUUUCACAUCCGAGGUUGCGAAAAGGGUAGAGCAUCCGUGGAAGGACAUCUUGAAGCCAAGAUAUAGGCCUCACCUUGUAAUGUGCCUUCUUAUUCCACUUUUUCAGCAGUUCACUGGCAUUAAUGCCAUCAUGUUCUACUCCCCUCUUCUCUUCAGGGCUCUAGGCUUCGGCGAGAAGGCUUUGUUGGCCUCUUCGGCGAUCACCGGAGUUGUUAAUGCCGUUGCCACAUGUGUUUCUAUUGCCUUGGUUGACACUAGUGGGAGGAGGCCUUUUCUCAUUCAAGGUGGUAUUCAAAUGUCUAUUUGUCAGGCAGCAAUAGCAACCUUUAUCGCCGUCAAGUUUGGAGUCUCCGGAGAGGGGUCAUUGUCGAAAAGCGAUACGGAUAUGAUGGUAGUGCUCAUUUGCAUCUACGUAGCAGCAUUUGCAUGGUCUUGGGGUCCUUUGGCUUGGUUACUACCAAGUGAGAUCUGCCCAUUAGAGAUUAGAUCAGCAGCUAAUGCUCUCAAUGUCACUGUGAACAUGCUUUUCACCUUUGUGAUUGCCCAAUCUUCCCUCAUUAUGUUUUGCACAUUCAAGUUUGGCCUCUUUUACCUCUUUGCCGGAUUUUGCGUGAUCAUGACCGUUUUUAUCUACUUCUUCCUGCCGGAGACCAAGCACGUCCCGAUUGAAGAUAUGAACUCAGUGUGGAAGGAACAUUGGUUCUGGGGGAAGUAUAUCCCCGACGAUGUUAUUCCUGACCGUGACGCAUUUCGGCAUCUCAAUAUGUAG